AUGAGUGGGGCAGGGCCAGGAGCCUGUGCGGGUCGAACUUCCAAGGAGGAUACCAACCACACCCUUGAUUCCAUCUCCAGUUCUAGUAGUACUGAUUCAACAUCAGGAUCAUCUGAUAGUGAAUACAGUUCGUCAGAUAAAGAAUUCUCAAUUCAAGCAACAAACUAUACAAGGGGACAAUUAAAACUCAAGAUUUCAGCUCGUAGGAAAAGUUCAACAUCACAAGCCUCUCCAUCAGCAGAUGAAGACGAGGACAACAUCCUAUCCACAGAACUAAGUGAUAGUUCUGAGGAGGAUUCAGAGUUGUACAGUCAGGAUACUGAGCAAGCCUCAAGAACUGCCAAUGUGCAGUAUGUCAGGAAAAAUAGGUGUCCAAAGCCUUCAAUCUUAUCUGCAAAUGGAACAACAGACAAUGAUGAUGUUUUCCACAAGAAGGAUCCAGGAAAGCAGUUAGAUAAAGUCGGAUCCAAGUCAACUCUCGACAGGAACACCAAUAUCGGAGUGAAAAAGAAGAUAAAUAGCUAUGACCACCAUCUGGUUGCUACUGUAGGUCAGUCUAAGGAAGUGGAUAAUGGUAGUAAAUUGAAUCCAAGUGGCAAAGCUACCAAAGGAAAACCAUCCUUGGUGACGGAACAAAGUAAAAAACCAAGCACAAAAAAUUUGAAUAAGAAAGCAUCAAAGUGUGGCACAGCUGAUUUUACUCGGUUAAAGAAAACUCUGACUGAGCAAAUGGCUGCUAAGGAGAGUGAAAAACACAAUAGAGCACCUACGCCAAUAGAUAAAAGAAAUAUGGAUGAUUCUGAAGAAGACAAAAUAAAAAGUUGUGACAAAAGUGAAACAACAGGAAAUGGUAACACAAGCACCUAUGAUCAGGAUUCUCAAAAUAGUGAAAAUAGAAGUAAUAUGACACCAGAAAUGAAAAAUUCAAGUGUACAGGAGAUGGAUAGUACUGGUAGUUCCUCUGAAAGGGAUUGCUUAGACAAACAACAUGAUAACAUAUUUGAAAGAAUGACAGCCUUAGGAGGUUUCCCCACCAGUGAAACAAGUAAUAUCAGCAGUAAAUGUGAAAUAUCAACAAAGCCAAUUAAAAAAAGAGUAAAACCUGCCCGAACAGGUCGACCCCCAAAAAAUAAGUCCCAAUCAUCAGCAAACAAUGACCGAACUCAAGUUGUGCCUUCUCAUGACAUUGACAACAAAACAAACUGUUGUGAGUCUGAGGACAAGGAAACCAGGUGCAAUAUGGAUGAUUAUGAAUCUCAGUUAGUGGGAUCUAGACCUUGUGCUUCUGAUGUCAGUGAUAACUUGUUAAGACUGGAUAACAUGGCAUCAAAUGUGUCGCCAGAUAGUGGUAUUCAUGAUCAGUCAAUCGCCGGAUCACCAGUAGGGAAUGAAUCACCUAAUUCAGGAACAUUGUCAGACACUGGUUCACAUAAUAAUCAGCAUGUGCUACAGGAGCCAUUGUGUAUUCCUACAUCAGUGAUAAUGUCCACGGGUAUGUCAUCUGCAUCAUCUACCAUAUCUGAAGUUCAGUCCUCCAAAAAUUUAUCUUGUGGAACUGACUCAUUAUCAUUACAUAGAAGUGAGAGUGUUAACUCAUCAUUACAAUCGAAAUCCCCAAAUAUUGGAAAUACGCUAGGUGUUACCAUGAACCAUAAAUCCUUGUCACCGUUGCGAGUGCACCAGAUGUCUGAUACGUCAAAGGUAAUGGACACUAGUGGUUGUGACAGUGAAACAAGUGACACUCAUGUAUUCAGUGAUGUCCAUGUUUUCAGUACCUAUAGUCCCAGUCAUUCUUCAUCGUCACCAUCACCUGGCAAGAAAAAGCAAAGGGUUGGUAGACUUCCUAAGAAACAUGAAUUUUUAAGGAAACACAAAAGCAGUAACCUGUUAAAAACUGGUCAGAUGCCUACUCGGAUAGAGAAUUCUAGUCCUUCAUCACAGAUUCCAGACUUUGAUGGAAGGCUUAGUUCUGCAGCAUCUGUGUAUGAUAUGACUAAUUUGGAUGUAUCACCAGAGAAUCCUGGUCUGUCUGCAAGGAAAAAGAUUAAGUUAGAUAAUCCAACAAAAAUAAUGAAAAAGAGAUUAAAGAAAAGUUCAAGCAAAGAGACGAUACCUGCGAAAAAUGAGAUUAAAAAGAAACGGGGUCCAGGCAGGCCUCCAGGUACAGGUAGACCACCUGGCAGACCACCCUUGUCUAAAAAUUUGCAUGUGACAAGUACAGCUGUCAAGAAACGAGGUCCUGGACGACCACCAGGCACAGGAAGGCCUAUAGUGAAAGUUAAACGGGGCCCAGGAAGGCCACCAAAACCUAAGGGCAUACAAAUUGAAAAGCGAAGUCCAGGUCGGCCUAAGGGCUCAAAGAACAUAAAGAAAAAUCCAUUGAAGACCAACGUGUUAAAUGUUAAUUCUACAGAAGUUCAAAAUCAUUAUCAUCAUGCAGUGGCAGCUACAAAUACAUCUUCAAGUGUAUCUAACCCGAAUUCUGUUCCUCAUGAUUGGCUAAAACUACCUGAAUUAGAUAUACCUGAAGUUCUACCACUCUCCGAUGCAGCAUUAGAGCUUGACUUGUCCGAUAUCUCACCAUCAAAACUCUCAGACUUUUCACCCAGCAAAUUAUCAGAUAUUUCUGCUGUGUCACCUUCAAAGUUAUCAGACAUGUCCCCUCCAAAACUUUUAGACAUUUCACCAGCAAAGUCGUCCUCAAGUGAGUCAGUGAAGCGGCCAAGAGGUAGACCUCGGAAACGUCCGUUACUUGAUUUAGACAAAAAUGUAAAAACAUCGGGUAGUGUGAAAUUAGCAUCAGGAAAGGGGGAUGACUAUGAAUUUGAUACACUUAUUCAAAGUGUGCAAGACUCAAUAAAGUCACAGUUCUCACCACAGAUGGAUCAUGAAAUUCAGGAAAAGAUUGAAGAUGUUUUAGAAACCAUAGAGCCAACACUAGCACCUAUGUCAUUGUCGCCGAUACCAAAUAGAUCUCCAAAGAUAGUUCCAAAAAUUCGCAAACCAAAACUCCAUGUGAUGAUGCGAAAGCACAAAAAGCGAGGAAGAAAAAAGCACAAGCCUGUUGUUUCCAAUACAACUGAUUUCAGCAGUAGGUUCUCAUCUUUAGGAUCAAAAUUCAAACUUGCCAGCGCAAAGACAGCUCUUGGGUUUGUAGACAAAAGCAGUCAAAUGUUUACUUCACGGAGUUCACUGGAUUCAAAUACCAGCGGCAGUGUGCAAAGUGGACCGACAUCCCCAUGUAGAGAUUACUUGAGGAAAAUCCGAUUCCAAGCAAAACAAAAAAGGAAAAAAAUCCUUUUCUUCAAGUCCAAACACAAAAAUAUUGUUGACCCAAUGUUUUUGUCAGACUUGGAGUAUGUGGUGAACAAUUUUCACUGUUUAGCUAUAUCUGACCGUGAGGAGACUUUCAUCCGUGUGAAACCCGGGGAAGUUCCAUUACCUAGUAUAUUCAAACUCACCAAAAUUAAUGUAAAACCCAAGAAAAAAGACCAAAGGUUACUGGGAGGACUUGUGGAAUUGGAACGUGAAAAGCCUAAAAAGUUGAAAAGCAGAAAAGAAUUUGAAUUCAUCGAAAAGUGGCUGGCAAAAGAAAAACUGAAAAGUGUAAGGAAGAAAAGUUUCUCUCUGGAUGACAAACUUCCAUCUCCUACAGAUAUUAACAUCAACAGUCAGCAGUGUUUACCUCCAAAGAAGCGACACAAGUUGUUCUCUGCAUCUCAGACCAGUACUGUCAUGCAGCAUCAAACCUUCAUUCAAAAGCAAGUGGUUGAUGCAGAGACACCUAAUCCCCAAAAACCUCCUGAAAAGAGAAAACCAGGUAGACCGAGGAAAACACCACUGCCUCCAGUGCUAUGUUCAACAGAUGCUUGUCAAAAGAAAAUACCAGAACAUCAAACCGUGCCUGCCAAGCAAGGUGUAGUGCCUGCUGCAAAGCGUGGAAGAAAGCCCAAGGCAUUUAUUGAAGCUCAGAAACUUGCCAACUCUACAAACUCAUCUAUUAAUGAAAUGCAGCUAAAUACUACCAGUGUGAAUACAGAGAUCUGUACUUUAGACUCUACCAGUCAUGUGAAUGAGCAAAGCUGUGUUGAACCAAAAAACAGUUCUGAACAAAGUUCAAAUGAAUAUCAUGGGCAAGAUCACUCAAAUUUGCAUUACAUAGAGAAUGUUAAUUUAGAAUCUGACAAAGUGAAGGAUUCAUCAUGUACCCAAUGUAGUCAGCUACAAGCUACAGUCCAGCAACCAAAACGCAGAGGUCGCAAACCAAAAUAUGCUCGUGUAGAAUCUAAUUCUAGUCCCAAUACCAGCAAUGCAGCUGCCACUGCAAAAUUUUCUUCCAAUUCUUCUGUGGCAGGAAGAAUAAAGAAAAUUUUGCUUCAAAAAGGCAGGCGUAUAGUGGGUAAAGUUGGAAGACCAAGAACCAAAAAUCUGACUGACAGUAGUAGUAAGAAUGAUACAGGUACUACAAAUGUGCAAAAGAGGCGUGGACGUUUUACGAAAAUUAUACACAGAAAAAAAUCUCAUUCUCGGUUAAAGGAUAGUAGUGUUGUCUCUCCUUCAGAUAAGAAGGUAGAUAGUGGUAAUUCUCAGGACAACAAAGUUGCUGAAUGCAAGUCUGUGGACACAGUAGAGGCUACAAUUGAUUCUGUGAUAAGGUCUGUGAGCUCAGAGUAUGAACCUCUGCCUUCCCCAAAACAUCAGCUUCAAGAGAGUGCAGCAGACAACUUAACUGAACCAAGGAGAAAGGGGAAAAAACGUGGUUUUAGAAAAGCAGAUACUGGAAAUAUAUCUGAUUCGGAGACACCGAUGGACGGGGCUGCAGGGAAGAAAAAGGAAUGUUCCCAAUUGCCAAAGAAAAAAUACCAGAAAGCAGGACUUUUCUCAGAUCACUACAAGGAAGAAGAGCCAAAGAAGAAAUCUCUGGAGUCUGCGCCCCGGACCAAAGAAAAGCUUUCCAAAAAGGAAGAACCAGUGACGAAGUACAAGAAAAUACGAAACAACGUACAUGACGAUAUUAAGCCAGUGUGCCCAUAUGAAACCCAUGCAUGUAACUGCAAGCAACCAAAUGAUGAAGAUGUCGUUGGAUGUGGGGAUGACUGCCUCAACAGACUAAUCUACACCGAGUGCAAUCCCCUGACCUGUCCAUGUGGGGAACGAUGCUCCAAUCAGAAGAUCCAGAAACAUGAAUGGGUGCCUAGUCUCAAGAAGUUCACAACUGAUGAUAGAGGAUGUGGAGUGAAGACCCUCCAAUCUAUACAUACAGGUCAGUUUAUCCUGGAGUACCUUGGAGAAGUUGUUAGUGAGCAGGAGUUUCGACGCCGUAUGACCGAGAACUACUCCCAGGAACGUCACCACUACUGUCUCAACCUCGAUAGUGGGGCACUGAUAGAUGGUUACAGGAUGGGCAACAUAGGACGGUUUGUCAACCACUCCUGUGAACCUAACUGCGAGAUGCAAAAGUGGAAUGUAAAUGGGUACUACCGGAUGGCUCUGUUUGCAUUAAAAGAUAUACCAGAAGGAACAGAACUCAGCUAUGACUACAACUUUCACUCCUUCAACAUGGACAGCCAGCAAAUCUGUAAGUGUGGAAGUGAGAAGUGCCGUGGAGUCAUAGGAGGCAAGACUCAGAGACUCAACGGCCAGAGUAAGGAAAAGACUACCCCACAGAGGCCUGUUGGCCGACCUCCAAAGGACAAACGCAAGUCUAAAAAUAGACUCAAGAAAUUUAGAGAAAAGCAACGACUAGCACAGGAGCAGAGUAAUACCAUAUUCCCAACCAUUAAGCCCAUGUCCCACACAGAACGAUGUAAGGCUCGGAAGCACAGUAUUUUCCUGGUGCGGAAUAUUGACAGGGUCCGACAGCUCCGCAGUAGGGUUUCAACCUCCCUGAACAAAGAUGGAGAAUUUACAAAGUCGGUUGGGUUCAGCAAAACAGAUGUGUUUAUCACACAACUGACUGCACUGAAAACAUCAAGAUCUGUCAGAACAAGGCGUCUUGCCCUGGCAGAGGAGAAUAGUGAACUCACUCAAACAGCUAGACUUGCUCAGGUGUUCAAUAAUAUCAGAAAAGCUGUUGUCGGUUACCGAGAUGAAGAUGCAAAGGAACUGUCUGCUCAACUCAGUCUACCAUCCAAGAAGAAACAUCCAGAAUACUACAAUGUCAUUGAGAGUCCAAUAGACUUCCAUAUGAUCGAACGAAAUAUCUGUAGUGGACAGUACAACUCACUGGAAGCCUUUGAUAAAGACAUGAACAGGCUCUUCAGAAAUGCUGAGAGGUACUGUGGACGAUCCUCAUGGAUGGGUCUUCUGGUGCUGAAGUUGAGGAAGGUGUAUUUAACAGCUAAGGCAGAGGCCGUACCCCUACUGGAGGAUGUGUUAGGAGAAGGCAAUGUGCAGGCAAUCACAGAGACCGAGACUACAGAAGGCACAGAUAACAUGGAUUCCAUGGAGGAAGAGGAAGAAGAAGAGGUAAUCCGAUGUAUCUGUGGAAUUUACAGAGACGAAGGGCUCAUGAUACAGUGUGAAAAAUGUUUUAUCUGGCAACACUGUGACUGUAUGAAGGUAGCAGGAGAUGUAGAGAAUUACCUGUGUGAACUUUGUAACUGCAGGCCUGUGGAAAGAGAAAUCCUAGCAGAUCCCCAGCCAGAUGAUGCCACGCCAGGCUGGGUAUAUUACAUGACAUUGAUGAGAGAUGAACUCCAGAUCCGUGUGGGUGAUUGUGUCUAUGUGAUACGGGACAUGCCAGAGAAAGUCGGAGUAGAAAUUGACUCUGUGAAAACCUCCCAGAAAGUUGUGUCUGAAAUCGGAAAGGACAAGUUAGAUAUAUUCCGUAUUGAAAGGUUGUGGAAAGAUGAAAAAGGUGACAGAUUUGCUUUUGGCCACCAUUACUACCAUCCGUACGAGACAUUCCAUGAACCAUCUCGGAAGUUCUUUUCAAAUGAGGUCUUCCGUGUACCCAUCUAUGAGAUUGUUGCUUUUGGCAGCAUAGUAGGUGGAUGCUGUGUGGUAGACCUUAACACUUUCUGUAAAGGUCGACCCAAGGGUGUCCGCGACCAGGACAUCUAUAUCUGUGAAUACAGGUUGGACAAGACUGCUCAUCUCUUCUAUAAGAUAUCCAAGCACCCUUAUCCUAUUAACACCAAGUCUUACUGCUUUGAUAAGUAUGAGAAGCGACUGAUGCCAAAGAGGAAUUAUUCUCCACAUGAGGUUCCACAGGCCUACAAAAGACGUGGCCCUGGAGACAGCAAUGUCAAUGGCUCCAGCUCGGAGGCUCCAAAGAAAAGACGAGCUCGACGUCCCUGCCUGCAAUCCAAAGAUGACGAUGAGGAAAAGUUACUGAUCCGAAUUCAGGCACAAAAGGUAGAGAUCAAAGAUAAAAAAGAACAGAAGGAGAGAUUGAACAAAGUGAUGUUGAAACUUCUGGCAGCUGUUCCAUCUAAACAGCGACUGGACUUAUCCUAUCUCUUGGAGGAAAAGCGACAUCGAAAGAAACCACAAAUGCAUGACGUUUGAUUGGUUAUGCCAUAUGAGAAAGCUUGUUAAUGUUAUAUGAGCUUUAUUAUCAUUUCAUGAGACAUUUAUCUUGUGAAGAUUUACAAGAUCUGCAGAUAGCAUUACAUCAGAGAAUUAGAAAAAAAAAGGGUUGUAAUCAGCCAAUUAAAGGUCAGAUAGAUUUACUGAGAUUAUACCAAAAGUUCAAGGUUGUUUUUACAGUCAUUGUAAAACGUUGAUUAGUUGUUUAAUUGUUUUUCAUAUCGGAUAGGAUUAUAAGUGUUCUUGUGAGGAUCACUUAGAAUGUGCAAGACCAACAGAAUGUGAAGCAAGAAUGUUGAUUUGACUUGCUUUGCGUUAAAAUCUUGUAAUAGUUUCACUGAACUUGAUUCAGUGCUUGUUUUGUGUUAAGGAUGUCUGUUGAAGAUAUCAAAACAAUGAAAUAAUACUUUGAACAUCAAAUGUUCGGCAGUUUUUACGAAGUUGGAGUGUUCAGACAUGAAAAGUGGUUCUUGAAUUUAGGCAAUAAUGUCUAUGGCCAUAUCAUGAGAGGUGCUUACCACAUUGUAUAUACAUGUGCCAUAUACUUGUAGAUUUAGGAUGAUGUUAGAGCAGAGUACAAUGUGCGUGCAAGUCUUACAAAAUGCAAUAUAUAGCUACGCAUCAACAUUUACUUUGGAGACUGUGAUAAUGCAGAGGUUGAUAUGAUGAAGGGGGAAUGGCUUGAAAUGUAUAUUAUGGCAUAAUAUUACUGUUGAAAGGAUCUAACAGGUUUGUUUGAUCUCAUGGAAACCAAGGAUCUUGACACCCCUUGUGCCUUCUAGGGCAAUAUCAAGGUCAUCAGGGGUCACUAAGAUCAUUGGUUACUGAGGAUUUCAUUCAAGGUCAUGUAAAAUCUCAAGGUCAUUGUGGUUUGAAAGUCACAUGGGAUCUCAAAACUGAGAGGGAGACAUGGUAAAGAUUUUUUUUGUUCUUUCAAUAAAUUUAUAUAAAUUGGCAAGAAAUGGCACAAAUUUCAGUAUUACUGUUAGGUAGGAAUAUUUUUGUAUGCUGAAAAAUAUGCAUAAGAAGCAUACUGUGAGUAGCCUGUAUGUGUUCACCAUUUUGUAAAUUUUGAAAAUUAGAUUUCAAGGCAUGAAGAGACAUUUGUGCAUAUCUGUACUAAUUUGAAUUUUUAGCAAUCAGAUGUGUUACACAAGAUAUAGAAAUAUAAGUGUGUUAUACCGGCAUAGAAUUAAAAAAUUGAAAUUGGGUAGGAAAAUGAUAAUUUUGAUGUAUAUUCAAAAAUGUAGCAAAGCAAUGUUACAGAGAUGCACAAUUUUAAAUCAAGUGAACUGUUUUGGGAUCUCAAUCAGCAUUUUUUUCUAUAGUUCUAAGUUUCAAACUUAUUUAUUUUUUUAGUGUUACACAAAUUUUGACACAUUGUAACCACUUCACAAUUUUAAAAACAAGAGUGAAAAUAUGUUUCUGAUAGAAAUCUACAAUAUCAAUUUGUUGUAUUGCAUUUUUACUAAACAGAAGUGUAAGUGAAUUGCACCAAUUGCAUUUGAAAAUGAUUAAUGAUAGUAUAUUGUCUCUAAGAAGUUAUUUCUUAGAAGGUGAAGGACUCUAAUUUAAUAGAAAGAAUAAUAACAAAAUGCUUAUCAUUGUAGUUUAUAUGAUAUAAUUUUUUUUUUUUGUGAGAAAAGGGGAGAAGAAUGAUCCAUUAUCAGUAGAAUUACAGUAGUUAAGAAACAAAAUAAAAUUAUCUUAGGAUGAUGGGGAAGAAAGAAUCUCAUUAUAGAAAUUACCUAUAUAUAUGUAGUUUGUAUUUAAGCAUGGUAUAUCAUCAAGCACUGACUAUCACCCCUCCCUUGGCAAUACAUGUCUUAACCUAAUAUGGCAUAUUGGUUGUGGUAGAUUUGACAGAGGCAGCUAUUCACUGUAAUCAAGUGUAUAUAUACACAUGUAUCACCAAGCUCGAUGCACUUUAGGAAAAUAGUGAAUUGUAUUUAUCUGAAUAACUUGAAUAUGGGAACAAUGACCAUAUUUUCAUCUCUUAACCAUAUUUUAUCCUGGCAAUAGGUCCAAAGGACCAACCUGUUGUCUCUAACUAGAUUCGGAGAUGGACUUACCACAGAAAUCUGAUAAAGGAUCAGUUGAUAUUCCUACGGACAUACCACUGGGGUAUGGUGUUAUUGCUGGAUCAAUAUAACAUAUACAAAGCUACCCUAUAUAUAUGAUAGCGUAUACAAAGCUACCCUAUAUAUAUAUGAUAGUGUAUACAAAGCUACCCUAUAUACAUAUGAUAGUGUAUACAAAGCUACCCUAUAUAUAUAUGAUAGUGUAUACAAAGCUACCCUAUGUAUAUGAUAGCGUAUACAAAGCUACCCUAUGUAUAUGAUAGUGUAUACAAAGCUACCCUAUAUAUAUAUAUAUGAUAGUGUAUACAAAACUACCCUAUAUAUUAUAAGAAAGAACUUACAAAACUACCCUAUAUAUAUAUGAUAGCGUAUACAAAGCUACCCUAUAUAUAUAUAUAUGAUAGUAUAUACAAAACUUCCCCUAUAAAAUCAUAGACCUUAUGAAUACCUUUAUUAUGUAAUUGCUGUUAACUAAAAAAGUUGAGAAGUCUUGCUUGUUAUGAUAAAUUUUUCAAAUAAUGUCAUCAACACAACGAACAAAUUACAACCCCUAUUAAGAAACUUUCCUUCUGUAGUUUUAAUGGACUUCCUGAAAAUAAGUGAGGUCAUUUUCAUUUUCUUUGCUUCAAAAGGCUAUAGGGAUGUCUUUCAUGGAAAGUGAGAUUAUGUGUAGCGAAAGGGGAAUAACCUCAUGUUUUUGAAUGGCCUUAUUAUACAGGUUAAAUAAUGGUGUUACAAGGGAUCCACUCAACAUGUUCAUUUUUAAUACAAAAACUUAAUUUGGUUGUUUGGUUGAUUACCAAAUAAGAAUUGGACCAUAAAAGUGGUUAAAGAAAAUUUGUGUAUAUAUUUGAGUUCCAUUUCUAAACUGAUCUUUUUGUUGUUACUUUGGAAUUUUAAAGCUUGGAUACCAAAGACAAUUUUCUGUAGGAGCUUUCAAAUGUCAUACUCAGGUUAUUAUUUUUAUUGUUUUCAUUUUUGUGAUAUUGCAAAAACUGAAAUUAAAGCACUAUCACGUGUGAUUGAAACUUAUGAAAAGAACAAAAUCAAAUUAUCUAAGGUUGAUUAUUAUAAAAUAUAUAAAGAUUGAAAAAUCAAGAUUAUGAAUGAAAAUGUACCUUAAUAGAAAAAAUGUGUAACAGAAAUCACCAGUCUGACUCUUUAAGAUAGAUCAAUUUAUUUGAUAUAUACAAGGUACACAUUGUCCAAUGUUAUUUAAGAAUUGUAGUUGUGAUAGCAGUAAGAACAUAUGCAAAGGUAAAAGAGUUUUUGUCCUGUUUUGUUGAAGAUAGAAUUUUAAAUUUGUUUCCUGUAAGCUUUUACAAAAGAGAUUAUUAUACUCGAAGUGUGUAAAACCAAGGGGUAUAUGUUCAGUUAUGAGAUCUGUUGGUAAGACUUGUACUGCAUGCAUUGAGGUUGACUUAUUAAUGCCUUAUGCAAGAAAAUCAUUUUGUCCAGACCUGUUGAUGUGUUUAAUGGAACAAUAUAAGCUAAGUUGAACCUUUUUGGUGCAUGUAGAUCAUGCUAGGGAUUCCAGCCAUUUGAGGUUCUUGUUUAUAUGUUCAGUUUGGACACCUAGGUAUACAGGUGACCCUGGUUAGUUCAAACACUUGUCUAUGAAGAGGAAAAACAUCCUGGGCCAGAUGGUCUUUAAAUAACUUUAUGCAAAUGUUUCAAGUAUAUUUUCAAAAAAGUUGAAUUCUAUAAAUACAUGUAUUUGAGGAUUGUACUUUUUAAUUAAAAGGUAAAAUCCUGCGAAGUUAGUGUUUAAGACAGUGGGCCCGCAAAUAUGAAGUUUAAAAAAAUGAUUGCAUGAAAAUUGAAAUUUGAAAUGAACUUCAGAUAUUUGGUCCCAAUGAACAUGAUCACUAGGAAUGUCUACUUUGACAUAUUCUAAAUCAUCGUAUUUUACAUUGAUAAAUGGGUUUACUGUUAAUUAUAAUAUUUUUUUCUUUUCUUUUCAAAUAUGUUAAACAUAUACUCGUUGUUUGGAAUCACAUUUAAAUACAUUUUCUUGAGAAAUAUGAAUGUGCAAUCAAUUUAAAUAUACACAUGAAAUGAUAAAUUUGGUCAUUUGAGUAAUUCUGUUUUGAUGUCACAUCGCGAUUCUGAUGUCUUGAUGGAUCUAAAAGGAGUAAACAUUCAGGAAAGUUACUUACGAUUCAUAAAGUUGAUCAAAAGACAUAACAAAUCUGUAUUUCAUCUAUGCAAAUAUCAUUGUUUCCCUGUUUUGGAGUCUGGCUAUUUGUGAAGCCUUGGUGAUACAGCUUUUGUAGUUAUGUAUAUAUUGUUAUCUACUGUGCCACAUAAGAUAUUAAUAACGCCAGUCAUUAUACAUUAGGAGAGUGUAUGUAAAUAUAUAGAACAUCAUCCCUUUAGUUUGGAGGAGAGUGUAUAUACUUCUACAAGACAUCAUCCCUGUAGUUUGGAGGAGUUUGUAUGUAAAUAUACAAGACAUCAUCCCUGUAGUUUGCCCUGUAAAUACAUAGGCAGCAGUUCUAUAGAGUUACCGAUUUACCUGACCUUGGGGUAAGAUCGCAGAAUCAAAGUUUUCAUCCUAUCAAGUAUCGUUGUUGUAAUAAGUUUUUGUUGGUGUACAUUUUAACUUUGUGUCCGAGUAUCAAAUACUCUAAUGGGGCAACCUUUGUGUAUGUAAUAAAACACCCCAUUCCAUGUACAUAUAUAAAUAAGUUUUAAAUCAUCAUUGAACUAUCUUCCCAUUUGUAUUGCAGCAGCAGCAUUCAUUUUAACUUGUCAUUCUCUCAUUUAUUGGAAAUUUAUAAGCAAUGUGUACUUCAUUGUGGUUCUUAUACAUGUUAUGUAGAAAGUAAAUUUAAUUUAAAAUACUUGUGUAAAUAUUCUUAAAAUAAACCAGAAUGAUUUUAUGGCUGCCAUUUGUCAGUAUAUACAACAUUUGUACACAUUUUUUUUUUCAUCAUAGGUUGUUUUGAUCACUAUUUAUAGCCAUUUGUCGGGUAGAACCAUUUUAUAAUUUUCUCCCCUUUGUUUCUGACAUAUUUUUACAUUUGAUCAAUUUUAUUAUAUACUGGUCAUUCAUUUUUACAUUAUCUCCCUUUUUGAACAAAGUGCAUUAUUGUACCAUCACAAAUCCAUGUCAUUUUGAUGCUUGUUCUCUGUAGUAACUUGUGUGUUUUGGUUUGGCCCAUAUACAAUGUUUCUUGCUUGCUUUUUGUAACAAUUGAAAAUCUCUUGCUUCAAUAAUGAAAUUUUGUAGAAAAUUCUCUGAAUGAAAUUGUAUAAACAUCAAAUUUUGAUCAUGUUUCAUAUCUGAAAAUGAAAUCUCCUGUAUUUUUGUCUGUCCCCAGAACUUACAAGUUUCUAAGAGUUGUAUGUGAUUGUAGUACACAUACUUGUAUUCCCAGUUAUAUCAAGUUACAUGUGUCGUAUAAUGUUAAAACCCAAGUAUGACGCCACAUGGUUCGUUACUGUUGCUUAUAUUUAAGUCACAUACCAAAAGAAUUGAUAAGGGUGUGACAAUAAAAAAUCAAACCUUA